AUGAUCACUGCUCUUGUGCUCGCCAUCGGCUUCGCCGUUCCGCCGCCUCCCUCGCCGCCUCCGCCCUCGCCUCCACCGCCGUCGCCGCCUCCGUCCUCGCCGCCUCCGCCCUCGCUUCCGCCCUCACCGGAACCGGCACGUCAGCUGCUGGCCACCGCGCUCGAGGGUCAAGGUUCCACCCUCGUCGACCUCAAGGCCGCCCUGCUCGAUUCCUUCGCCGAUGCCGCGCCUGAAGCAAACAUCACUGCAGACCAGAUUGCCGUCGAGGACCUUGGUUGGUCCAGCGACACCAAGUUGAAGGUGACCAUCGUGCCGACAGCACAGCGUGAUGAGGUCCUCCGGAUCGUGAUGGACAACAGCAGCAUCGUCACGGACCUUGGUUUCCUGCUCAACAAGUGGAACAAAUUUCGCAACGCCGAGGGCCGCCCUAGCUUGUUCCUGUUGCUAGGGCGGAAACCGUGGAAGUUCGGUGGGUCGCCGUACUCCCGGCAGCCCAGCUGGCUCGUGCCAGUCGCUGUGUUUAUGCCUUCCAGUAUGCUCCUACUCGCCUUCAGUGCGUAUGUCUGCCGCCGGGCCGGGGCCGACGACCGCGCCGAGAGGAGCAGGCUUGCCGAAAAACCGGAGCUAACGGAGGAGGAGCAGGCGGUGCAAAACUCGCUGCUGCAGCGCGAGCGGUCUAGGCGAGAGGAUGCAGAGAUGUCCAAGGCGGCGGCUGCGCCGUCAGACUCGUCGGGACCCGCUUCGCCAGUCAAAGCAGCCGGCCAAACCUCCGCUGCCUUUGGCGACGCCUCAUUUGGCGCCACCCCCGCGGGAACGGCUGCGAUGGUGCUCAAGGGCCGGCCUGAGGAGCAUGACGCGCCGCUCGGGCAGAUCCAGACGGUGCAGGUCAAGGAGGAGGUGAUCAAGGAGGUGGUGCGCGAGGUACCAAAGAUGGUUUCGGUGCCGGUGGAGGUGAUCAGAGAGGUGCCCAUCGAGGUGAUCAAGGAGGUGGAGAAGAUUGUGUACCGCGAUGUCAUAAAGGAGGUGUUUGUGGACGUCAUCAAAGAGGUGCCCAAGGUGGUCGAAGUGGUCAAGGUGGUCGAGGUGCCGAUUGUCAAGGAGGUGGUGCUGGAGCAGGUGCGCGUCGUUGAGAAGCCGGUGACGCAGGUGGUUGAGAAGGAGGUGAUCAAAGAGGUGGAGGUGGUGAAAGAGGUGGUGAUCGAAAAGGAGGUGGAGCGCAUCGUCGAGAAGGUUGUCGAGGUCAUCGUCGAGAAGCCCGUCGAGAUUGUCAAGGAGGUGUUCCGCGGCGUGCCGUACGAGGUGAUCAAGGAGGUGGAGGUGGUCAGGGAGGUGGAGAAGCUGGUGGAGGUGCCGUACGAGACGAUCCGCGAGGUGGUGGUGGAGGUGAUCCGGGAGAAGGAGGUGCCAGUCGUGCAGGAGGUCGUCACCGAGGUCGUCAAGGAGGUGCCCGUCGAGGUGCCGAAGGAGGUGUUUGUCGACCGAAUUGUCGAGGUCAUCGUCGAGAAGCCGAUCGAGAUCGUCAAGGAGGUGAUCAAGGAGGUGCCGAUCGAGGUGAUCCGCGAGGUGGUGGUGGAGAAGCAGGUGCCCGUCGACAAGGUCAUCAUCCAGGAGGUGAUCAAGGAGGUGCCCGUCGACCAGGUGAUCAAGGAGGUGCCGCGUGACGUGGUGCGCGAGGUGCCGGUCGAGGUGGUCAAGAUCCAGGAGGUGCCCGUCGAGGUGGUCAAAUGGACGGACCGCGAGGUGGUCAAGGAGGUGGAGGUGCCACGGUACCUGACCCCCGACAUCGUGCACGUCGACCACUCGAGGACCGUCUCCAUCCCGUCGAGCUCGCAGUCCUUUAGCAACACAACGCCGCAGCCAGGCUUCCGCUCGUACACCGUGCCGCGCGAGACGUACCAGACCACGCCGCGCACCGAGAGGGUGCGCGCGCCGGAGCCGCAACGCGUCCAGACGGAGCUGCUCUCGACGCGCAGCUACUCGGUGCCAGCCCCCGCCGAGCCGCCGGCGCCAGCACCGGAACCACCGCCGCGGCUGUGGCCCACCGCCGCCCCCGCCGUCGCGCCGCCGGAGCGGCGGCCGGCCCGCAGCCGCUCUGCGGUCAAGCGAAGGCCGGCGAGCGCCGCGCCCCGGAGAGAGCCCCGCCGCGAGGCCCAGGGCGACGCGAUUGACGAGCUAAUCAAGGCGGCGCUCUCGGGUGGCGAGCAGCGCGUGCCGCCGUCCGAGACGGGCGCCGCCAGGGUUGCGGGAGGGCACAAGGUGUACGAUUCGUCGGGUUCUGCGGUCACGCAGAGAUCGCCGAGUACGUGUCGGGCAGUGGGGUGUUGA